AUGGAGCGGAAGAGCCCCGCUACCGCGGGGAAGCAGAACCCGGGCAGCCGGGGAGCCGGGGACGGGCACUGCGCCCAGGGCGGCGGCGGCGGCGGGCCAGCGGCGGGCGCCCAGCAUCGGGGCAGCGGCUGCGGCCAGCUCUCGGUUGCAGGCGCCGCCGCCGCCGCUUCUCCGGCUGCGGAGCCCGAGCAGCUGAUCCGAAGAGCGCUGGAUUUCAAAAGCCAAGGAGCCCAGUGCUACAAGGAGAAGAAGUGCCGGGAAGCCAUCGGCAAGUACCACCGGGCGCUGCUCGAGCUGAAGGGGCUGCUGCUGGCCCAGGAAGACGCGGAGGACGCCGCCGCCGCCUCCACCGCCUCCUCCGCGGGGGCUGCCGGCCUGGGCAAACUCUCGGACGAGAAGUCACACACCAUCCAAAAGAUUUUCAUAGAUUGCAAUAAUUCUGUGCUAGCCUGCCUACUUCAAGCUGAGCUGGUGAACUAUGAGCGGGUCAAAGAAUAUUGCCUGAAAGUACUGAAGAAAGAAGGGGAGAACUUCAAGGCACUCUACCGGUCAGGAGUAGCAUUCUAUCACCUUGGAGACUACAACAAGGCCCUUUACUACUUGAAAGAAGCAAGGUCUCGGCAGCCAACAGAUACUAAUGUUGUACGGUACAUCCAGCUGACAGAAAUGAAGCUUAGCAGAUGUUCCCAGAGGGAAAAAGAAACAUUGUAAGAAGAAACCCAGUUCUGUGGGCCUGAAUGGAUACGUCCUCCCAUAAAUGAUCACCGGGUGAAUUGUCCUCCCCAUUGGCUUCACAUUAGAUUGACAGGUUUUCUCUCCUUUCCUGAUGUUACUUUUGAUCUAAGAAGAGACCCUGGAUCUAGCUUUGGCUAUUUGCUGGCUUAGUGAUAACAUUCUAGUCCUCCUAGCGCAAUUGCUCUGGGAAUUUGGAUGAAGAGAGCAAUAGAGAAGGAUUCACUUUGCCUUGUGCUUAUAUU